GACGUGACUGAAGUGUGAGCUGACGGCAGUGGAGUUUGAUGCGGAAGUCAAACGGCUGGGUCGGUGGCCGGUAGGCAGUGCAGUUACUCGCACUGUAGCGGGACCACGGCAGGGAGUCGGGCUUAAGCUGCCGUCAAAUAGGACAGGAAGCCAUUGGGAGUUGGGCCCACCUGGACACUCUCACCUGUGCGGGACACCUGCAGACCAUGAGCAGCACAUACAGCGUGACCCUGGGGGGUCCCGGGCCCUGGGGCUUCAGACUGCAGGGGGGGAAGGAUUUCUGCAUGCCCCUCACUGUCUCCAGAUUGACAGAUGGAGGAAAGGCCUCAAAGGCACACAUCUCUGUCGGAGACGUGCUCCUGUCGAUCGACGGCAUCCAGACCAACGGAAUGAACCACCUGGAGGCUCAAAAUAAAAUCAAGGCCUGCACCAGCAAUCUCAAACUCACACUUCAGAAAGCUUCUGCGGUUCCCAAUGCUGCAGCUGCACCAAAGGACCAGCCCGUGGAGGUGAUUAAGCCCCUCCCCAUCGCACAGCAUGCCCCGCCCACCGUGCACGCCAGCCCGGCGCCCGGCUCCACCCUCAACAAGACGGCCCGGCCCUUUGGAGGCGGCGGCGGCAGUGUGGGCGUGGUCACCUCCUCCGUGUCUGCGCCCAAAGUGGCCUCCAUCCCGUCUGCGUCCUCCGCGUUCACCCCUGCGAACCCCACCUCUGCCCCAGCCCCAGCCUUCACCUCUGUCCCCACCCCUGCCAAAGCCCCGCCCCCUUUCACCUGCUCACCGGCCACACACCCUAUAAUCCGCUCGCCGGCCACGCCCCCUAUCACCCGCUCACCGGCCCCGCCCACCUCCACCGCCAAGCAGAGCCUGGGACGCUCCCCCUUCCCUCCGUCCUCCUCCCCCGCCAGAGGGGCGGGGCCUCCGCCCGCUGCCGUCCCGUCGCAGCCCGCCGUGUAUAACUCCCCCAUCAACCUUUACUCCGCCCAGAACGCCUCCCAGCUCGCCACCGGGCAGAGGCGGGGCCUGCAGGAGGGCCUCGGCAGGACUGAGCAGCACAACGGGUCGCCACGGAAACCCGUCGCUGAUGCGGAUGCGGAGCUCCAUUCUCCCUCCCAUGGCGACGCCAGCAGGAAGCGGCUGGUGGAGGACACGGAGGACUGGCACCCCCGCUCCGGCACCACCCAGUCCCGCUCCUUCCGCAUCCUGGCACAGAUCACUGGCACCGAGCAGCAGGAUGGCCAGCAGGGGGAAGCAGGGAAGAAUGAGGUGGAGGUGCAGCCCAGCGCUCAUGUCGUAUCUGCAGUGAAGACCAUGACCAAAGCCCCUGCUGGCGGAGUGCGGCAUGGCAGCCCCGUCCCCUUCAAGACCCCCCCCGCCCAGGGCAAGCCCGCCGCCUGGAAGCCCGGCCCUUCAGCAGGUUCCGGGGUGCCCAAGGCCGCCCCCUCUUUCGGACGGGUGAGCAGCAGCGCCCCCUCAGCCCGGCCCGCCCCUCAGCUGCCCCCCGGUGGCCAGGGCUCGCUGGUGCAGCGGGCAGAGCACAUACCUGCCGGGACUCGCACCCCCCUGUGCGCUUCCUGCAACAAGCUGAUCAGGGGUCCCUUCCUGGUGGCGUUGGGGAAGUCGUGGCACCCAGAGGAGUUUGACUGCGGGCACUGCCACACGUCGCUGGUGGAGCUGGGGUUCAUGGAGGAGGGGGGGUGCAUCUACUGCGAGCGCUGCUACGAGGAGUUCUUCGCCCCCGCUUGCGCCCACUGCCAAAAGAAGAUUAUGGGGGAAGUGAUUAACGCCCUGAAGCAGACCUGGCAUGUGAACUGCUUCCUGUGCGCCUCCUGCAAGCAGCCCAUCCGCGACAACACCUUCCACCUGGAGGAUGGCCAGCCCUACUGUGAGAAAGAUUAUUACAGCCUGUUUGCCACAAACUGCCACGGCUGUGACUUUGCCAUCGAGCCGGGAGACAAGUUCCUGGAGGCGCUGGGGUGGAGCUGGCACGACACCUGCUUCGUGUGUGCGGUGUGUAACACUGAUCUGGGAGGCCAGGCUUUCUACUCCAAGAAGGACAAGGCCCUGUGCAAGAAACACGCCCACAGCGUCAACAUCUGACCAAUCAGAGACCAGAGAAAGAAGACAACGACCUGUCAGCUGUUAUCAGACGUUAACAGUCUUUAAAUGUCCAAAUGCUGAAAUGAGAUCUUCCAGAGUAUAUUAUGCAGAUAUAUGGGGUUAUGGGUAUGGUAUUUAGCCUUAUCUUUCUUGCUGUUUGGCCACUGUUUCUUCACUGUUGUGGUUAAUUGUUUCAGCUAGGAAACGAUGCAGUUUUAUCCUGGUUGGCUUGCACUGUGCAGAAGAUUGCUUUGUUUGGGUGCCUUGUGAAAAAUCCCACAUGCUUUUAUAUGUCUCGAUUUAUUUAUCCACCAGAGCACAUAAUGUAGGACUAUAUAAGUGGACGUUUUAUAGAAACCACACCCUCCUGAGGUGGAGCGUAUUUUGUGAAACCUGGGCAGGCCUCGAUUUCGGCAGGCCUCGAUCAUCUGGUAUGAUGAUUGUGUGUUUUUUUUGUUAAAUCUGUGUUCUUCAUCGAGAGAUUUAUUUAUUGCCAUAGUUACACGGAAAAUGAGUGGAGGUGGAGAGGUGUGGUUCAUUUAGACACAAGCCUGCUGCUUCAAUCCCCCUUUAAACUUCAUACUCUGUCUUACUUCACUGUUGCUGUUUUUGUACAUCUGCUCGUCAGAUUGAUGAACCCCAUCGCCGUAUGUGAACACACAUCAGAAUGGUGGCACUGAUGCCUGUGUGAGUCACUCACAGCAGAAUGGUGGCUCUGAUGCCUGUGUGAGUGACUCACAGCAGAAUGGUGGCUCUGAAGCCUGUGUGAGUGACUCAGCAGAAUGGUGGCUCUGAUGCCUGUGUGAGUGACUCAGCAGAAUGGUGGCACUGAAGCCUGUGUGAGUGACUCAGCAGAAUGGUGGCUCUGAUGCCUGUGUGAGUGACUCACAGCAGAAUGGUGGCUCUGAAGCCUGUGUGAGUGACUCAGCAGAAUGGUGGCUCUGAUGCCUGUGUGAGUGACUCAGCAGAAUGGUGGCACUGAAGCCUGUGUGAGUGACUCAGCAGAAUGGUGGCUCUGAUGCCUGUGUGAGGGACUCACAGCAGAAUGGUGGCUCUGAUGCCUGUGUGAGUGACUCACAGCAGAAUGGUGGCUCUGAAGCCUGUGUGAGUGACUCAGCAGAAUGGUGGCACUGAUGCCUGUGUGAGUGACUCAGCAGAAUGGUGGCUCUGAUGCCUGUGUGAGUGACUCAGCAGAAUGGUGGCACUGAGGCCUGUGUGAGUCACUCACAGCAGAAUGGUGGCACUGAGGCCUGUGUGAGUGACUCACAGCAGAACGGUGGCACUGAAGCCUGUGUGAGUGACUCAGCAGAAUGGUGGCUCUGAUGCCUGUGUGAGUGACUCACAGCAGAAUGGUGGCUCUGAAGCCUGUGUGAGUGACUCACAGCAGAAUGGUGGCUCUGAAGCCUGUGUGAGUGACUCAGCAGAAUGGUGGCUCUGAUGCCUGUGUGAGUGACUCACAGCAGAAUGGUGGCUCUGAUGCCUGUGUGAGUGACUCACAGCAGAAUGGUGGCUCUGAUGCCUGUGUGAGUGACACACAGCAGAAUGGUGGCACUGAGGCCUGUGUGAGUGACUCACAGCAGAACGGUGGCACUGAAGCCUGUGUGAGUGACUCAGCAGAAUGGUGGCUCUGAUGCCUGUGUGAGUGACUCAGCAGAAUGGUGGCUCUGAUGCCUGUGUGAGUGACUCAGCAGAAUGGUGGCACUGAGGCCUGUGUGAGUCACUCACAGCAGAAUGGUGGCACUGAAGCCUGUGUGAGUCACUCACAGCAGAAUGGUGGCUCUGAUGCCUUUGUGAGGGACUCACAGCAGAAUGGUGGCUCUGAUGCCUGUGUGAGUGACUCACGUCAGCAGUGGUGGAUCUGCGGGUUUCCCUCUCGCUCCAAAGUGCUUUGAGGUCAGGGGAUAAAAGGCUUUAUGAAGCUGCACGUUUAGCUUUUGCUUUAAAUGGAUUUUAGCUUCUAUUUUGCCCAAAAGGAGCAGUUUUUUUUGUCUUGAUCUUGAUGGAAAUCAGGAAUUAUUGAAAAUUAGGUCUACUUACUUUUAUCAAGGAAAGAUAGGGCUUAUUAUUUUGGUUCCUCUGUCUCCUUGUUUCCGUGGUGAUGCACCUAAGUCCUGUCACUGUGUUCAUGCAUUUGUUUGGGUGGUGUUAGGGCUUCUGAGGGGUGUGUAGUUUGCUGCACUGAUACAGAUUUUACUGUUUUAUUUUUAUUUUCAUGUUGUGAUAUUUGAUAUUUGCACGUUGAUACAUUUUCUCACACAUUUUUGUUUAAACAUUUCUUUUGGCUUUUAUCGUUUUGUUUUAUAUUGCAUGCAGCAGAUUCCGUUUGCACCGUUUCACCACAGGGGGCACUCUUGCACAGUGAAGAAGGAGAGAACGCUGCCUUCUCCCGUGGCGAUUCUGAGACCCAUAAAAAGUUUUAAAAUAUAAUCACUGUGAUCAGUGGCAAUAUGCUUGUCAAAGCACCUUUAGUACAGAAUGCCUGCUUUUCCAGUAUAGCAGGGAUUUUUAAAAAUGUAUUUUUCAGGUUAUCGAAUGCAUUCCUUUUAACAUCAAAUAAGCGAAAUGACCUGAGGCACUGAGGAAGUGUAUCAAAAUAAGCAUCAGAAUUUUACUCGCUAUUGCUAAGAGAGAGAAAAAAACAUUUUAAUAUUUUAUAGGCAGUUUUUUCCUCCCCUGAGGACAUUAUGGGUUCUACCACAGGAGAAAUGAGCUCAUAAUGUGCUGCCUGCCUGCAAGCAGCCUGCGCAGGAGAGGCUGAAUCUGACAUCAAGGAAACGUACCUGUCCUGCUCAUUACAGGUAGCGAUUCCAGGUGCGUGUGUGUGUGUGUGUGUGCGAGUGUGUGUGUGCAGGUGUCUGUAUGUGUGUGUUUGUGUGUGUGUGUGUGUGCGUGUGUGCGAGUGUGUGUGUAUAUACAUCAACAGAAUGACCCAUUUAUGGUUCAGCUCUCAGUAUUUUUCGUUGUCUUUGAGGAAAGUGUUAAUUCCGAACAAAUUCUAUGUUUUGAUUUUGAUUUAUGUUGGAGUGUUUUGAUGCCAUUUGACCUGGUUUCUUUAAUAGCCCCAUUAGGGAUGCCCGGUGGCAUUUGUAAAUCUGUUCUACAUGCAGGAAUGUUGUCUCUCAGUUCAGGAGGCUGCACAGUUUGACAACACAUCCUCCAAAGAGUGUUUUUCACUUCUGCAGUCCAUCUGAAUACUAACUUCACUGUCCCCUCUCAGCUCUGCUUGCUGUGGCUUCAUCAAAACAGCGGUUUUUCUUGAAAAUGUCAAAUUUAGAAAAAAAAAAAAGUGUUUUCUUCUGCUUUUUGGCAUCAGGCACAAGCGGCUAAUAAACUGGUAACAUUUGCCAUGAUAAGAA